UCAUUGGUGACUGGUUUGAAAACACCAUGUCGGAAGUGUUGCCUUACAACGAGGAGAAUAUCUCUCAUUAUGGCGAUGAUGGAGAUGCGGAUCAGCUUUCCCUCACCUGUCGUCUGCAGAAUACCAAUAACUUAUUUGGUGCGUCGCAGAAUAAAAGACCUCCCAAACUUGGACAGAUUGGAAGAAGUAAACGAGUGGUCAUUGAAGACGACCGUAUUGACGAGGUGCUGAACAACACAACCGAACAGCCACCACCGGGGGAAUAAGAGACGAAAACUCAGCCCUGAAGGUGUUCAGAGAGAGUAUAGCAUCCCACGGUUGGCAAAAAGCACUUUGAAACCGCAGUGUGGGUUGUUUCACUAACAUAACAGUGCAGAGUAUGUCAAUUGCAGACUUGAAAGGAAGGAGCGGAAAAGCCACUCUUCACCCAUCUCCUUCAACUGUUAUGAUGAAAUUACAGGUCUGUGGUGAUGAUGAUGAUGGUGAUGAUGUAGACACGUGGAGGAGAGAUGCCUGCACUUCACGAGCACACAUUCAACUCUUCUUGUUGCUUUCCGAAACUAAGCACUUUGUUUAUCAACCAUAAAUCUUAAAAAUGACCGUUAUUUUGUGUACAAUGGAAAUGCUGUUACAGUAUGUGUAUUUCCUCUUUGAAUUACUCAAUUUAUUACCUUUUUGUACAUCCUUUUUGGCGGUGUAGAAGUGGAAAAUCUGUUUUUAUAGAGUGACACACAGAAGGAGAACGCCCCUUUUUAAACCUAACCAUUUCUAUUGUGCUUAAUGUAUGAUGUGUUUUUGUCACGACAUAGGCUACAUACAUUGCCUGCUCAUUCUUAAAAGUAAGAUGUGUAUUUUUAUAAAAAUGGAGAUAUUUAUGAAACUGUCGGUUUGGAUACUGGUUUGAGCACUUUUCAAUGUGAUAUAUUGCCAACAUUAUCCUGCUGAACUGAAUGAAAUAUGAUCAGUGCCAAAUUCUUCCUUUUGUUGGCAGCCUUUGUUUCCCUGUGCCCUUUGUGAUGUGCUUUAAGCCUGGCUAUUGCUUCUUUCAGGGUAUUUUCUUACUAUUUCGCUUUUUUGCAUGAGGCAGGCCCGACAGCAGCCGUGGCAUUGAAUCUGAUGUACUUAGUUAUUUUUCAUUUGUUUGUACUUGAAUGGCAGACCUCAACAAUGUCUUCACAAAACUGUCUAUGUUGCACUUAAUAGGGCUAUGUGCGAUUGAAAUUAUGGCAUUAAAACGUGAAA